AUGGCGAGCGAUUUUGUUCCUCGUCAGACUACACACCGACGCCGGUUCGUUUUCUCGCCUGUUCGCCUCCACAGAUCGGCCGAUCGGGGCAUCCGGCGACUGCGAAUCUGCGACAGCUGCCACCGGCGGAUGCUGGCACAUAGGGUGCGUUGGCAAAGAAUAGCAGGGGACAAAGCUUGGUUAGAAGAUGAUAUUGUCUCCAAAGAUCCAGAACUGUAUCUGUAUCCCGAGGAGGGUGAGAUGGAGCUAGUUGCGAAGUGCAAGAUUUUCCAAGGCCCAGUUUUGGGGUUAUCUUCCAAUGAUCUGCAUCCGUAUUGGAUUGCUACUGCUGCUCCAGGUGAGAGCAUCUAUUCAACUAUUUGCCUUAUCACUUGUUCAGUUUGUCUAUGUUUUUUUCAGCUUAACGAUUUCGGAUCAGUGAAAGAGGAGAAGGUGCAGAUGACAUCCCUAAAAUGGAAUAAGAUAUACCCUACAGCCCUGGCUGCCACGAGCAGCAAAGGCACCACAAAGGUCUGGGAUCUCAGAGCUGCAAAGCUGAUGACAGCAUUCGGCAAUACAAAAGUCAAGAGCCUCUCAGAUCUGGAGUUCAGCUGGAAUAAUCCCAUGCACUUGGCCGUUUCAACCGCAAACAAUGGUACUUCAGCAGCUGUGACGGUUUGGGACAUGAGAUUCAGCCGCACGCCCUAUCAUGAGUACAGCACCGGUACCUCAGGUGUAAACUGUCUCUCUUGGAAUCGGUCUGGCCAACUUCUUGCGUCUCAUACCGACGGUACGAUAAGCUGCUGUGAUGUAUACAGCAAGGAGAUGAUACAGGGGUUGACUAGGGCUUGGCAUGGUGAUCUGGGUGUCACUUGGACACACUCUGAGAAUGCAUUUGCCACACUGUCCUCAAAGUAUGGAGUCAGGCUGCAUGAGAUGAGUGACCAGAGGAUUUACCCGUGA